AUGCUAGACAUCGCUACCAUCCUCGGUGCCAUCGGAGUUUCUGAUGCCCUUUCUGAGUGCAGAGAGAACCCAGAAUACCAGGCUCGUGGUAACAUCUUCAAUUCGGAUGCUGAGGAAGACCCCCCUGCCUGUCAGGACGUCGCUGAGGCCUUUGAGGCCAUGCCCUUCCCUGUGGUCGACCUGACGAUGACAACCGAGGCUCCCCAGGGCAAAAUCUCGAAGUGCAAGCAGUAG